AUGUUCUGCACCGAAUGCGGCACGAACCUGAACGAGGACGCAAAGUUUUGCACGGGAUGCGGCGCGAAGACAAAAGCUGCUCAAGCUGCUGAGCCAAAGUUGGAAAUCGAGCUGUGCGAAAACUGCGGGGCCAAGCUCAACGAAGGGGCCGAGUUCUGCACCUCCUGCGGAACCAAGAAAGGCGAGUCGGGAGAAGCGCCCAAGGAUGCGAACGACUCUAAACCUCUCCCGCCUGGUUCCGCACCGUACGCUGACGCUCCUCUGGGAUACGUUGGGGAAGAUGGCCAGUGGCACGUCACCAUCCCACACAACAUGCCCAAAGAUGAAGAAGGCGACUUCGCCUUCUUUACCAUCACACCGGAUCGACGUUACGCCGCCGUCUCCGUUGUUCAAGAUCCCGACGUUGGACCUGGAGACGUCAUCGUCCUUCCAUUACCUCCACCAAUUGACGAGACCAAACUAAAAUUUCCUCCGUUCAAGUGCCUCAUGCCUGAGCUUGACGAAGAGGAAAUCGAGAACGGCUGGGAUGUGUUCGCUCCCGACGGCAAGACUCGCGUGCGCCUGUAUCCUCCCGUGGGCGUCAAAAUGGGCGAAGAAUUCUGGGUUGAAGUCGAAAAGGAUGGCGGUUGCUGCGACUUGAGUCAAGAGCAGCAAGGGUGCCUGUGCGUCUUGUGCCUGUGCGCCGUGAAGAUUUCUCUGUCCGCCGUCAGAGCAAUCUUCUUGUGA